UGCGAGGGCAAAGAACAGGAUGCUGUCAUCUCUACCAUCAAACUAGGAGAUGCAUUAAAUUCGAUCAGCUUAUGGGAUAAAUUGUCUGGAGUCGCACGGCAGGUAACUCGGCGGUGGAAACGAUUGCUUGGCCCUGCGAGGCUUGAGCUGGUAAAUCUGAGAAUCGUAGGCCGGCAUGGUUGCAGGCCGGAUGCAUUCCGGGGACAGUUCCAAAUCGUCAACAUUGCUGAAAGAAUCGAGGCGCUCCAAAAGUUGAUCAGCAACGACAAAUAUGACAUACCCAAACGAUGGAAUCCCGACGAGAGGGAGAUGUGCUGCUACCAUGACCUAAGAUCGGAUACAGUCCAGCAUGGCAGCAUGAUUCACGAGGCAUGGGAAGAAGACUACACAUCGUCCGAACUCAGCAGUUGCGGCGUUCAAAUCCAUGUGGAUAGGUUGAAAGAGCUGUCAAAGCUCAAGCUGGCUUCAGUCUGGGACAUGCUCCUGGUCUAUCCAAAGCUAGCCGUGGGGAAUGAUGUGCUUUACGAUAGAUGGAUUUAUUCUUCAAAGUGA